AUUCUUUCGUCUCAUUGGAUACCGCAUAAUUUGACAAUGUACCACUAGAAAAACAUAAAACAGUCAAUUCUGAGUGAUAGACAGCCAUUUCUUUGCCAGAAGUUUUCAGAGAAUUAAAGAAAACCAAUCAUCCUUCACUAAAGCAAUUCAAGCUAUUGUUGUUAUAUCAGCAUAAACAUUCCCCAUACAUAAAUAUGGUAUGGCUGAACUGACAGUCAUUGGCCGAAUAUAAAUCCGGAUCGUGCCGGUUAUGUAGAACCGCGGUCGUGGGAACGAGCCAUUCGAGCUCUCACGUAUCGGCUCACACAAGAGAGUUUUUGAGCACCUGAAAUAUAGGAUGAAUGGGUCAUACGCCUCACAAAAAUGAUUUGAUUAAUGAUUUCUGUUUGUUCCGCAACAUGAAAAAUAAAUUUUGAAGUCAACGAUUUUCAACGCCUGAAGAAGCUGUUUAAGCCUUUUAAUAGUUCAUUCUAUUUCUAGCUUUAAAUAUUAUUUACAACAGUUCUCAUGCAAUUAUAUGUAACUUCAAAUUUACUCAAAUGCAUAAACCUGCCGUAUUAAGUACCGCUAACCUAACCUAAGUACCGCUAGGACAUUUCGGCCCAAAAAAGUUGUUUUUCGAAUUCGAAUAUGAAGUCAAACAAUGUGCUUGGGAUACAACCAGUUAGUUUUCGUGAUACUUCUGUGUGGACUUCAAACAUUUACAACAACAAGCUAACCGAAUCAUUUGUAUAUAACCAAUCGACAAAUAAUUUUCUAAAAUUUGUUCAACCUCAACCAGUUUCAGAGCGAUUACAUCACAACAUUUUAUAGGAAUUUUUGAGAGGGUGCACGGAACGACAUAUGUGAAUAUUUGAACAAAUUGCACUUUCAUUAUUACCUAUACGUAAAGGGGGGAAAAAUUCAUUAAAAAUAGUGGCUGUUAUUAAAAAACAAUUAGAUAUAUAGGUACAUCACAUACUUUCCUUAUCAUUUAUUCUUAAGUCAAGUCAGCAAUUCGAACGCAAUAAAGCAACCUUUUUGGCAAAAUAAAGUAAGUUAACAUAUUUGCAAAUAAUUGUAUUCCCGUAACUUCGACCAACGUAUUCUAGUCACGGGUAGUUUUGGUUGAAACACGUGCGCACAUUUCGUAAUGAAUUCAGUGCAAAAACUAAGUGAGCAAUCAAGGCAAUUUAGAGACAGACUCCGACGAUCGAGUGCAUGUGUACUCGCAGCAGCAAACGUAAAAGUUGUUGCUACAGUAGCAGGCACAUCAUCAGAAUCCUUAUCCACGGCAGCAGACAAAGCAGUAAUUCGUUGUAUUUUGCCAGCUGGAAAAGGCAGAAUAUCCAUUGUUAGAACGGCAAUAAUUCAGUGGCGAGUCGUAGUACGAAUUGGCUUAGCGGUGAUUUGCGCUAUCUUACUUACCAUUUGGAUACAAAAGCACUAUAUUGCACAAUUUUAUUUCGCAAAAGGUAGCGGAGGAGCAGGACCAGUAGUAAAUUGUGCGAGAGAAGCUGCAACUUAUGUUGUGGCGGCGACGCUUCAACUAACAGCAAUAACGUCGCCGCCAAAAUCUUUGACAAUUCUUGAUUUAACGGUUUCAGCCGGAACAAGAGCAAGGGAGCAUCUAAAUGUGGCUACUCCUAGUUUAGCGUUUCCACUGAGUAAGUGCUGUAAAGAAAGAUAAAUCCUGGGGCAAGCAAAUACUUAGCAGAGUAAAAAAAACACUGAAAAUACAGGAAACAAGACAUCAGUUUCACUUUGACUUUAUCACCUCGUUAAAGCGCACAAACGGGGUAAAAGAUGAGCCAAUAUCGGAUCGAUUGUAUAUAUUCCCGAAUGAAUACAAUAACUCAACAUAUACAUACUCAACUUUGACUUGUAGAGGGGCGUCGGCACUAGCAAGAGUUCCAUGCUAAUGAAAGGAGAAUCACCUAAAAACUGGGAAAGCUCUCUACAUUUAUCAAUCAAGAUAAAAUAUUAAAUAAAUGCCUUCUAUUCAUGACAUUCGUUACUUUUUUACGCAUUCUUGCAAGUUGUACGCUUUGUAAGAACUAAAAAAACAAUGACGGGCUGUACAACAUAUUCUUUUAUCGUGAUCUGGGUUGUUGGCGGCUACAAAAUAUUCGUAUCUGGUAGUAACCGCUAUAAAAAUUGUGCCGUAAAUUUCGUAAUAAAGCAUCUUACCUGCAGUAAUACAUUGGUGACAGAGAUACUUCGAAGCUGACAAUGUCUUAUUCAGCACAAGACGUGCUCGUUUCAGUAUAACUGUGAAAUCCACGGUAUAGCAAGCAAAUGAGAAAAGUACGUUCAAUUUAAAUUAUACUUAAAACAAAAAAAUAUAUAUAUAUAGUUAAAUAAUUAAGCAAAAAAAAAGGAAUGAAAAACAAUUUGCUUGCAAAAUAUAAACGAAAACAAGAAAUAUGUGAAUUCUUUGUAAUCAAAAACUAUAAGUGGUAGUCAAUAUCGACGUAUUUACUUAAAUAAGUUAUGCUUGGUAACUAAAUAAUUUAAUAGGAACUACUGAUUGAUAAUACGAAAAAAUGAAAUUAUUAUAAAACAUAAACAUUUAACAAAAGAUAUGCUGUCUUCGCCUGCAUUUUAAUGUAUUACCAUUUAAGUUCGGUAAAUAUGGACGAGAUUGCAGAAUCUACAGCAGCACCUUUAAGUAACGUUAAUAGCAGCAGCAUCAAACAUAGUAACUACUCGCUAAAUCGUACAGGAAUUAUGUCUGCAUCUAAAAGAAAUAUUUGCCUCGAAAAUGAUCGUUGCAGGGAUCACGGAGCAACAAACCGUGGCAAUAUAAUGACUAAGUAUAGGGAAGGUCGAAACGUCUCGCCAAUAACACAAGAUCCAGCAGUAACUCAUAAUAACAGCGCCAAUAAUACAACCGAUACGAAAGCUCCAAAAUACCUCUAUCAUGCUGAUACUUAUAUUGAAAAUAUGACAGGUGAUAUUGUUUCAGAUCGAUUUAAAAAUGUAGAGCCAAUAUCAUCGAAAAAUAUGUUUGGCGAUAAUAAAAGGAAUAUCGCAAAGUUGCAGUGGUGGCAUUCUUCUACGUCUUCCGUGCAAUUGAAAGCGUUAACGCCGCGACUUACACCAAUGUUUGUUUCAGUGAACAAUGAGCGGGUUUCUCAGACGCAGCACGACACUGGAAAUAUCAUUGCUAAACAAAUCACAAAUGAUCCUCUUUCAACACCAUUAAAUACCUCAAAAAUGCAUUUUAUUGAUGGCGUAGUACAACAAAAACAAAAUAACAUGGUAACUAAUUGCGAUGCAAAGAGCUAUUUUCAGUUACAGGCAAAUCAAUUGCAGGACACCCAGCAGAAUUGUAACGUACGACAACAAAGUAUCAAUAAUAUUAGUGGUUCACCGCCAGUGAUCGCAGUGUCGACAAAACAUCUAAAUGUGCCUCAUCAUUAUCACCAACAUCACAGAACUUCAAAAUCCAGCGUAACGAGUCUAUUGCCAUCUUCGAAUGAUUCACACUGCCAUAGUUAUGACAACCAUCAUGUAACCGAAGAUGAGGACCAAAUAUCACAAGACUCGCAAUUGCUAUUUAAAGAUCCCGAACAGUGUGUUGGAUUACUAAAUUCAAGCGAAGACGAUGAGAUGCAAAUUACCGGUUAUAAGCGUUCACGUUGGCGCACGCUGCUAUGCUGGUGUCUUAUUUGCAUAACUGGUGGCCUGUUGCGGCUGUUAAUGCACUGGUGGCGACAUUGGUGCUUAAUUGCUACACACGUAAAAUGUCCAUUAGAAGUUGCUGAGAAGGUUUUAAUACAAGAGGAUUAUCAAAAAAAACACAAAAUAUAUUACGUUAAAACUGUACAGGAGCUAAAUGUUCCGGUAUUAAAGGAAUCUAUGCAAAAGCAAGAAAAUUUACUACCUUCUCUAUUAACCAAAGAUGGAAGUCCCAGGAAUAGGAACAUGCCCACACUGCAAACACAACGAGAGAAAGUUGAAGUUAAUGAAAAGAACUUGCAAAUAAGUUUGCAUUUCUCUUCAGCACAAUUUAAACGUAGCAAGAGUGCAAGAAUUUUCAAUUGUAAGCAAUUGCGUUACGCCUGGGACAAUCAAACACAAUCAUUUCAUAAACUGAAGGGACUUGAUGUAAACGUUUCGAGUGCAUAUUUUCAUCAGCAGAAGGGCUUACCAGCUCAGGAACAAUUAUCUCGCCGCCUAGCAUAUGGGCCAAAUGAAAUAACUAUUCCUUACAAAGACUUCAAGACUCUCUUAGUUUUGGAAAUGUUGAAUCCAUUCUACGUUUUUCAAAUAUUUUCUGUAAUAUUGUGGUUUACGUAUGACUACUAUUAUUAUGCCUGUGUAAUACUGCUCAUGUCAAUGUUUGGAAUAGCUAUGUCGAUUAUUCAAACUAAAAAGAAUCAAGAUUCUUUGCGUGAAACUGUAAUGAAUACCGGUUGUGCUUUGGUUGUAACAGAGUCUGGUCAAGUUCGGGAAAUACCUACCGAGUGCUUAGUUCCUGGCGACAUUAUUGAGAUACCCACAAGCGGAUGUACGAUGCAAUGUGAUGCUGUACUUUUAUCAGGAAACUGUAUACUUGAUGAAUCAAUGCUCACAGGUGAAAGCGUACCUGUAACAAAAACUCCAUUGCCAAUGAAGGUUGAUUUAAUAUUCGACAAGAAGGAACAUGCACGGCAUACACUUUUUUGUGGCACAAAGGUUAUACAAACACGUUAUAUUGGAUCGGAAAAGGUUUUGGCGAUUGUUAUAAACACUGGAAAUAUAACUACCAAGGGAGGACUCAUUCGUUCUAUAUUGUACCCACCGCCUGUUGAUUAUAAGUUCGAGCAAGAUUCAUAUAAAUUCAUUGAAUUUUUGGGUUUGAUCGCAAUUAUCGGUUUUGUAUACACACUAAUAACCAAGAUAGUGCGCGGCAUCGAACCUGUCAAAAUUGCAGUGGAAUCUUUGGAUUUGAUAACAAUCGUUGUGCCACCUGCACUGCCAGCAGCCAUGACUGUAGGUCGUUUUUAUGCUCAAAAACGUCUUCAAAAGAAAAACAUAUAUUGUAUUUCUCCACGAUCUAUAAACGUUGCCGGCAGUAUUGAUUGUUGCUGUUUCGACAAGACGGGUACACUCACUGAAGAAGGUUUGGAUAUGUGGGGUGUUGUUCCAAAAACAGUAACAAAUGAAUUCCAAAUGCCCAUAAAACAAAUCAAGCGCUUACCAUACGAUAAUUUUUUAUUUGGAAUGGCAACAUGUCAUUCAAUAACUAUUAUGAAUGGAAAGCUGAUGGGCGAUCCAUUGGAUUUAAAAAUGUUUGAGUCUACUGGCUGGACUCUCGAAGACCAAAAAAAUAUACCUGAUUAUCGAAAAUACGGUUUGAUUCAUCCCACAAUUGUACGACAGCCAAAAAAAGGAUCGUUAACUCUUCAGGUUACAGUUCAACGUCAAUCUUCAAUCGAUGACUUGUUGGCUGAUGUCGGCUUGCUUAAUGGUGAAGCGAACAAUGAUCAUGGGAUAGUUCGUGAAUUUCCUUUUACCUCUAAUCUGCAACGAAUGUCUGUUAUAACACGUCGACUUAAUGGAAGCAAUUUUAAUGUAUAUUGCAAAGGCUCACCGGAGAUGUUGCAGCAACUUUGCCAGCCAAACAGUUUGCCAGAGAACUAUUCUCAGCAACUUGCAUAUUUCGCAAAACGAGGGUAUCGUAUUAUUGCAAUUGCUUUUAAACCGCUCAGUCGUAAAAUGAGUUAUAUUAAAGCCCAGCGCUUAGCACGUGAAAGUGUCGAAUGCGAUCUUGAAUUCCUUGGGUUCGUUGUGUUGGAGAAUCGCCUGAAACCAGAUACAAGUGAAGUCAUACGGUCACUUACUGCUGCCAACAUACGCACUGUUAUGAUAACUGGAGAUAAUAUCUUGACAGCAAUAAGUGUCGCUCGUGACUGUGGCAUUGUGCCACCAGACCAGGCCGUUGUUACUGUUAACGUUCGACAUCUACCAGAAAAAGAAAAAAAUAUAUAUGAGCUUUACUAUACGCUUGAGCUAGGUGAUUGUGACGAUUCUUCCAGAGCGUUAGUUAAUGAUACUGAAAUUGGAUCGUUGGAGUCCUCAGUAAAUAAUUUGGAUGACAUCAGUUGCGUUACUGGAGGUGAUUAUCAAAGGUAUAAUGGGGAUGUGACAUCAUUAAGUAGUGUUUCAGCCACAUUACCAAAUAGUAAUAGUCUAGUGAGUGUUGAAACUUUUGAAACUUGGACACAUCAAGAUCCAGAGUUGGGUCUCUCUGUCUUUACUAAAGAAAAAGCAGAUCGGCAUCAUUUGACGACCCAUGAUUUGAACACAAGUUGGAGGACAAAUUACAGAUUCGCUAUGGUUGGAAGAACAUGGCAAAUCAUAAGAGAAAACUUUCCUGAUGAAUUGAAAAAUUUUGUAACUCGUGGUUCUAUUUUUGCACGCAUGUCACCGGAACAAAAGCAAGCUUUAAUUGUGGAACUUCAGCAGCUUGACUACUCUGUUGCAAUGUGUGGUGAUGGUGCCAACGACUGUGGGGCUUUGAAGGUUGCGCACACUGGUAUUUCGUUAAGCGAGACUGAGUCUUCCAUUGCGUCUCCAUUCACCUCUCGUAAUGCAACAAUUGCGUGUGUUCCAACUGUGAUAAAGGAAGGAAGGGCGGCGCUAGUUACAUCAUUCGGUAUAUUUAAGUACAUGGCAGCGUAUUCUAUGGUACAAUUCAUAUCUGUUAUGAUUCUAUACUCUAUUGACUCCAAUCUAACGGAUAAACAGUUUUUGUAUAUUGAUUUGGGUCUGAUAUCAGUCUUCGCAUUUCUCUUCGGUAAAACAGAAUCAUAUAAUGGGCCUCUGGCCAAACUAGUUCCGUUAAGCUCACUCAUAUCGCUAGCGCCUCUAUCAUCACUUGUAUUGCAUUUACUUGUUGUAAUCGGAUUUCAAACGGGUGGUUGGUUCCAGUUACAUCAACAAGAGUGGUUUGUUCCAUUUAAACACAGUGACGAAGAUCAUUUAGGUUGCUAUGAAAAUUACAUUAUAUUUGCGAUAUCAAGUUUCCAGUAUAUUAUACUUGCAUUUAUUUUCUCCAAAGGGGCUCCAUAUCGCAAGCCGAUUUGGUCCAAUAUACCAUUAUGCCUUUCGUUGAUUAUAAAUUUUGCGAUUGUAAGCUACUUAGUUUUAUAUCCUACAAAAUGGAUAGCCGAUUUUUUUCAGUUAAUUGUACCAGACGUUAUUAGCUUUCGGUACUGGAUGUUGCUAUAUGGCGCUGCGAAUUUUCUUGUGCAUGCAUUUGUUGAGACAUUCGUCAUCGAAUUUUUAGUGUUUAAGAAUAUACAAGUUCGACGCGAAGCAAAUAUGCAAAAAUCAAACAAGAAAUAUCUGCAUGUGGAAUAUGCUUUACAAUAUUUCAAGCACUGGCCGAAAAUAACACAAACAUGUGAAGCUUUUGAUUCCUCCACAUCUCACGAAGAAACUAAAUCCACGUAUGUUGAAAUUAGAGCUGAACAAAGUUUUGACGUGCCAGCAUCGCAAAAUAAUGCACUAAAUAGCUUUUUUGGAGUGGAAUUAUCAACAGUUCAAACCUUGCCAACUGUAGUCGAGGGCAGUGUACUUAGCGAAUCAGAACGAAUACCAUCGCCUUCAAAACCAAGCCAAAUCAAUAGUUCUAAAUCCAAUGCAAAACUUAAGUUAUGAGAAUUACACUAUGUAACGAUUACAUCGAACUUUCUUAUUGUUGCUAAGUAUAAUUGGUUUUGUAUUAUGAGUUAUUUAUUUGGUUUUUUGUUUUCUCUGUUUCGUGUUUGUAAAUUAAUUUUUAACAGUUCUAGUUGGAAUGUGUUAGUUAUACGCAAAACUCAUUCGUUUAUAAUAAACAUGUGUUGGUUGAUAAAAAAAAAGUA